GCCGCAUGGUGUUCCAGUGCACCUGGCCGGGCUGCGGUGUGGUCACCAACAACUGCGUCACCAUCGAGGCGCACGUCCGCAAGGUGCAUCUCGGGCCGCGCAAGAACGUGGAUGACAGCGAGCUGAGCGACCACGAGGAGGAGUUCUACUACAUGGAGGUGGAGCAGGGACCACUCACGUCGUCACCGCCGACCCUGUCCCACCGCGACAUGGCCCGGCCUCCCCACGAAGAUCCGGAGUACCAGAAACAAAUAAAGAGUAUAUUUCAUGAAAGUCCUGUGAACACACCACUGGGAGGAGUUUCCUGGGGAUCGUCAACAACUUCUCCUAGCUCGCCCCAGAAGCACCUGAAGCUGAGCUCGCGGCACCACCUGCAGCAGGGAGGGGCGUCGCUGCUGUCGCUGUCCGCCCCCAGCAAGUCCCCCGGCAGCCCCACGCGCCGGUCCCGGGGAGACACCAAGAAGUGCCGCAAGGUGUACGGCAUGGACCACCGCGACAACUGGUGCACGCAGUGCAAGUGGAAGAAGGCGUGCUCCAGGUUCAACGACUAGGCUGCGUCCCUCGAGCUCUCGGCGGCUGUCAAACUCACGGAGAGAUACCGCGAUAGUAUUAGCAGCACACCCUCUCUCUUUCACGCGCGAUGGAAAAACCCGUCACAUCAGCAGGCAAUAAGGGAGGCCAGUGGAGUUGCGUAACCCGUGGAAGUUUGACUCGAGCGGUUCCCUUACCCACGACGUGACGCCACUGUUCGAACAGAGUUACUGAAGUUGGCUUUUUAUCGCUGCCUUUUGAGUGCGUCGCUCAUGGGUUUAAAAAGAAAAGACGUAGCUUGAAGUUGACUAUUGCUCUGUGAUAAUUUUUGUCACCCUUCCUUAACUGUUAGUUUCUUACAGCAGACUUGAUCGUCACUUUUUGUUCGUAGUUUUUUCGAGGAACCAAUUAAAAAAAAUAAAAUCAUGUGCUCCAUUUGUAUCCUUCAGCAAACAGCGAAGACCAAUGCGACGAUGGAUGUGAAAUUCCAGUUCUCUUCCAAAAUUCGCAAUCUGUUGAUAUCCGAACUGUGUUCUUUGUUGGUGGGUUUGGCGAGGAAGAGCGCAAGUCACGAGACGCAGAGUUCAAGCUAUCGACCAAUCGCGUACAGGUCGGACACGAGUGUGAGAACACACCGAACUAGAUGUGCGCACCUGUCGCAUGGAUAAGAAUUGACGUGUGACUACUUGCGCUUUGAUCACGUUCUCCCUUUGGAGACAAAUUUUGUGAUCGAAGUGUGACCUGAGUUUUAAGUUAAAAGGCACAUCAUAUACUCUGGAAAAAAAAAAAAAAAAAAAACAGACAUUGAUUUAUACAUCAAACAGAUGAUUCAAUGCCUGAAAGCAAUUUAUUGCAAUACAGUAAAGGUGAAAGUACUGCUGGACUUUAAAGAAUGUACGUUUUUGACCUACUACUGCCACCAAAUGUUUUACCUCAUCCAAAGUAGUUGUAAAUAAUGUGUACUGAUAAAGCGCUAGUUGAUAUAUUUUUGUUCCCAUAAUUUUUAUUUUUUAAUUUCUGAAAGAAAAAAAAUAAUCAGAAGCAAAAGUUUAUAGCAAUAAGUUAUAACAUCUUAAGAUGUAUUACAGUGUUCUAUUAUUUGUACAUACUGAAGUUGAAAAUUGGCAUAGUUUAAGAAAAUGCUAAAAAGAUGUGCCUAAUGAAAGCACCAGUACUGCAAGAUCUCAAAAAUAAAUUAUAAGCAAAAAUGAAGAAAUGGGACUUGUAUGAGAUAUUUGUUAGUGUGUUUAUACUGCAUGUUCCAAAUUUAAAUGUAUUUAUGGAUAAAAACUGAAAAAAAAAGUAGAAAUAAUUUCAAAUUAUAUUUAUUCAAGAAAUUUAUAUUUUUAUUCAAAUGAAUUAGGGUCCAAGCAACUGGAGAAAAUGUUGAAUAUAAUAAAAACAAUUAUUUUUAAUUUUUUUUACGAAAAAUAAAAACAUGAACUAAAAUUGUAAAAAAUUUGCAUAUGUAUUUUCACAGAAAAGUAAUAACAUUUAUGAACAAAUAGCUUUAAUUAUAGAAUUACCAUAUUUACUAUGAAAUACAUUUAUUAUUAUGUGGAUUUUAUUCUUGUAUUAAUGUUUUCUAAUUACCCAACAUUACUGUACAGUCAAUAGCCAGAAAGUGUAGAAAAUAAGAAUAUGCAACACUUAUGAGUAGCUAAGUACCUGCAGGUGCAAGUCAGAUCUCAGACGCAAGCAGUGGAUAAGUGAUAGGCCGUGCUCUGCACAGAUAAGGCUUGUAAGUUCCAUCUUGUUUGUUAUACAUUUCCAAGUUACUGUGGUACCUGCUAUUUAUUUUCAUUGCGAUAUAAUUGAAAAAAAAAAAAAUUAUGUAAAAUAAAAUUAUAAACGUAACGAUGACGUUAACAAAAACUUAUGAAGCGUGAUAAACAGUCUAUGUUACUGAAGUGAAGAAAAUCUAAUAUAUAAAAAUAAAAGUUUCAAUAACAUUGUUACAAUAAAACAAAAAAGUUUUUUCUUAACUGCAUGUUUGUUCUUAUUAUAUUCAAACCAUUAAAAAAUGGAAAAAAAACAUGUCCAAGAAAAACUAAUUAAUAGUUAAUAUAUUUUUAUAAAUGGGAAAUGAACAUCACAGGGCAGUAUAGUACAUAGUAGGUUCAGAGUAGUGGUUUAUAAGGUUUUUAUCUUUGGCAUGGAAAUGUAAUGCCAACCCAUUAAUGUAUCAAAAACAAAGUUUAGUACAAUCAUAAUAUAUUAGCAUGACUCUCAGCAAACAUUAUUCCACUUAAAAGCUGCAAACAUAAUUAUAUAUAGACUGUACAUACCAUAAGUUACUUUUUCUUCCAAAUUUAUUGUUAGAAAGUAAAUUCAAGAUGGAACAAAAAAAGCUGAACUAUUUUUUUAUGAGCACACCAUUAUAUUAUCCAUGCUUUUCGUCAAAAGUCAUUCAAGACACAAAAAAUAUAAUGAGAGUACAAUUUAAGCUCAAUGACAAGAACUAAAGAUAAUAUGUGGGCAUUGAAAUGGUUUCCGACAAGGAACUUACGUAGACACUGAGUUCUUUGGUCUAUCACCAGCUUAUGCAUAAUGCAUGUUACUGGCUGUUCAUGCACAUUUACUUCAUCCCCAACAUCAUUCAUAAAUUUCUUUAUGAAAAACAUAUGAGCGAGAACAUAAAUUUCGAUACAUAACUUUGUAAUUUUGAAAAUGCCAGUACGCAACCAUUUUUCAGUCACCCAGGAAAUCAUUCCAAAACACAGACCAAAGAACAAAGUUGGAAGUCGUAAAACAAACGGUAGACUAAUGGGCAACUUCUAAGCUGCAUUAGGCAGCUCAAUGUUGAAUGUAAAGGAUAACCUCAAAUUGUUCUAUUAGAACUAUCAAAAAAUACUAGGUGAUUUAGUAUUUUGGGAAAUAAAAUAAUAAAAGCCUUUGCAAAUUGAUGAAUACGUACAUAUGGAUGUUUUUAGAGAGUGUACAUGUGGUAGACAGUAAAGAUAAAAAUAUUUAUAAUUUCAUUGCUAGCAGUACUAUAUAUAAAUAAAUAUAUCUAAUAUAAAAUGUAUAAAAUAAUUUUAAAUUUUAGAAUACAUAGCUGUUAAGACAGUGUCCGUUGUGCUAUGUUUUAUUUUCGUUUUAGAUAAGUAGCAUAGCCUGUGUGCUUUGUACAGAGUAUUGUAACUGUGAAAUGUUGGUAAUGCUCAUGUAUCCAGGGAAUCGGUUGGCAUAAAUGUUUGAAUGUAAAACUAAAGCUGCGCGUAGUUCGCCAAAGUUAUCAACUGCUUGCCGUCGAUAAAAGUAGUCGCAGAUAGAGAUACACAAUGUUGGAGCCUUGGGUGUGCCAGAACAUGGCAUUUUUUACUCUACUUAAUGUUUUAUUUUACUGAUGAUUGAUGCAUUUAAUAUGUUUUCUAAAUGAUAAAAGGUUGUUCUACGAACUUUCAUGAUGUAACAAAAACAGUAAUAAUUGUGAUAUAUCAUUGCAUCAUGUUUUAUGCAAUACAUUUACAUUCAAACAUUUUUUAAACUGCAUUAAAGAAAAAUUGUUGUAUUGUUAAAAGAAGUGGUCUCUUUUGAGACAUUCCUCAGGAAUUUUUAUAAAUUAUGUGACAGACAUAGUAAAAACUUGUCAACUAUUUCCCUGUGCAUACUGGUUUAAUUUUUUAAAUAAACAAAUAAGUGUCCAUUUUUAUAAAACAAUCAUAAAUGUUUAAAUUGUAAAGGCUAACAAAAAAGUAGAAACCUUGUUUUCAAAAAGCAUAGGUAACUUUUGUCACAUUUUAUUAAUGUGCUCUCAAGAAAUAUUGAACAGUUACAUUAAAAAAAGAUCUUGAUACAGUAAGGAAAAAAUUAUGGUUCCAAUAGUUGUAGUUUCAAAGAUUUUUUUCAGGAUUUAAAAUUUUUCAUUCUCAGUAGAGGUAUGGGUAACUACCUCAAAAUUUCUGGUGGAAAUAUUUCUUAUACAAAUUAUGUACUUUAAUGUUAUCAAGAGAAAUGCAUAUUUUAUGUAGUUUCAUAUAUUAGCUUUCAUAUAUUCUCAUUUAUAAAAAUUAUUUAAAACUUAUCAUGCCUGCAAAUAAAUAACCAUCCAAAUUAUUCAGUGUGAUCUAUUUAAUGUCUCAAAAAAAUUGCUCAAAAAGCACAAUUACUUAUGUACAAUAUUAGUACUAAUUCACAGUUAUCAUCACUUUAUAUAGAAGUUAAUAAUAAUUAUUUUUAAGAAAACUCUGGAAAUUAAAAUAGUAACAGUUAAUUUAAUUUAUCAUAUGUUUUACAAAAUAUGCUGACAAAACAAAGCUGCACUUUGCAAAGUUAUAAUCCUUAAUAAAACAUUUACAUCAAAAAACUUUCAAAAUGAAGUCAAAUUUAAUCAAAACUGUAGCAUGAAUUGUCUUAAUUUGUUUAACUUCAGCACACUAGUGCAAUCUGCAGUCUGAUAUGAUAUUCAACAUAUUAAAGAUAUGUAAGUCUUUCACACGUGGGGCUGUAAGUAUGUAAUUAGUUCUGCAAUAACUAAGAGCGCUUGAAACUAUCUUUCGGAAAACAUUUGUGCCAAGAAGCUUAUAACUUUACUUAAAUGUUGCCUGGUACUUAAGCAGAAACAUCAUUUAAACGAGUGACAGAGCUCUUCCAAUCACUAGUGUUAAAAUGCCAAAAUAAUAUAGCUGAAAACUUGAAAAAUAAAGAAGGGGAAAUUUGGGGACUGGUGGGGGAGGGGGGGAGAACUGAUUAUUUUUUUCCCCCAAACCUUUAAACAAAUGUGCAUCAAGGCUCAUUGUUGGGUUAUUUGUUUAAUCAUCCGCUGCUCUUGACAUUAAACAUACCAAGUUUUACAACAAAAAAAAAAACUACGCUCAGUAAAAUGAACUAACCACCUAUGUAUCCCAUGGAUAGUGCAAUAAUACAUAGUUGUGUAUGUGACUGCCUGAACACACACACAAAAAUAAAGAGUUAUAAUAUAUCUUGUUCAAGAUUUCUUGAGUGCCUGUGAGAAUGCUUUUUGAUCUGUGUGCGUGCAAAAGAUUGAUGCCAGCCGAAGAGAAAAAAAAAGCUGUCUCAUAAUUUUUUUUACAGAUUUUUGAACUGACUCAUUUGUAAAAAAAUGAAAUAAUUAUUGUGAUAAAUCAUGUUAAUAUAUUUAUUGAGUUUAAAUAGUAUAUAUGUAUUUACCUGAAGUAUAUUUUAAUUCUUGUUAAGUAUUUGUAUCCUAGUUGAUAAAGUCAUUAUUAUCACUUAAAUUAAGGGGGCAAAGGGCAAAACCUAACUUUGUAAUGGCUAACUUUACUUCCAAGUCUGUUACCAAAUGCAGAAUCCAAGUUAUCUUGCCAUCUUAUGCACUAGAUUCAGAGUUCCAACUCAUGAUGCUCAUUGCAACAGUAAAGAAAAAAUUAUGUUUUGAAAUUCAUCCCUAAAUUUUAGUUAAGAUACACAAAAAUUUUAGCUUGGCCGCACAAUUGUGACAAAGUGCAUUAAUAAAUAUACCUUAAGCUUUAGCAUAGUUUACAUGUGGCACUGCAUAACAAUGAUUGCGGAACCAUACAAUAAGAUUAUUAAAGUAUUACUGUCACAACCACUGACUAUAGAAAAUAAGUAAUAACCAAGUGCAUAAAGCAGAUUAAUUAAUGGCAAUGCUGAAAGAAAAAACCUCUGGAUUUCUACUACUGUAAAUCUUAUUCCUGCCAAAAUCAAUACGUAUUAUGUACAUUUGAUUGUUAGUAAUACAAAACAGUCACUUAUUCAAAUAAAAUAUUACAUAUUUUCUUUUAAAAAAUUAUAACUUGCAAGCAUUUCAGAAUUUUUUUUAAAACUAUUUUUUUAUGACAAAGCGAGAGAAAAAAGUUAUAACAUGCCUUCUCUGCGGUGUUGUAAUCAGUGGUACCGUAGAUGCCUAUAAAAUAGAAUGCAAAGUAAAACAUUUGCACUAAAACUUUUUCACAAAUAUUUUUUACUCAUCAAUGUGACUGUUUCUUCUUGCUAUUAACCCAUGUAUCGUAAAAUACCCUCAUGUGUCUCUUGUAUGUUAGUGUGAUGCAUGCAAAUAGAAUAUUCAAAUGUGCAGACAAAACUGAUAUUAAAAUAAAUUUUGACUUUCAA